AUGGAUCUGUUGUCGGUGGAGGUUGCUUUUCUGGUACUGUUGACCGGAUCACAGGGGAUGUCUGCAACGUGCAUGGAACGGGAAGAGCAUAUACUUCGCUAUUUAAUUUCAUCGCAGCCGCCAUAUGAUAACUACUACAAUAUUUCUAAAGCUCUUUAUCCGUCUGUGGAUUUGCCUUCUUUGCUGAUCAAGAUCACCGUUACGUUUCUAAAUGGCAGCGGCAAUCUCACUCAUUUAGCCGGAUCGUCCCGAUCUCCAAUCAACGGUAGUACUUCAAAUAUCUCACAGACAGGGGAAAAUGUCCACGAAAAUGUUACGACAUACAAGUUCACGUAAAGGGGAGCAUCCUGUUUGUAUGUCAGUGGAGGAAACAUAAGCUUGAAUUCCAUGAAUGUUUUUUCUUUGUGGGCUAUUUAUCCAAACAGGCGGGAAAGACAUCUGCACUUAACAUUGCCACAGUUCUGCAGGGGAUUUUCUGCUGAUACCAUGAUCUACUUCCUUUCCACGGUAGGACUUUUAGCCAUUUCAUUAUUAUUGUUAACUUAUCAUCAUCAUCAUCAUCAUCAUCAUCACAAACAUCAUCAUCAUCAUUAAGGGCUGGAGGAACAUACUGAGGUGCAAUCAAAGCCUCAGUGAUUACCCCUUUUUGUUUUUAAUAACUGAUUUUCUUCUGCAUUUCCCUGAAGUGAUCUCCUGGAGAUGGUGAUGUCUUCCCCCUCACCUGACCCCUGUCUAACUUGCCUUCUCAAAAAUAGCUGAUACAGAUAUAGAUUACACUUCAAAAUUUUUCAGUUCAUAAUGUAAAAUAUUAUGCAUUUUCAAAUUAUAAAUCUGUCUCAGUGAAUGCCUUAAAAUAUUAGUGGCACUGGUGUCCUUUGUAUGGAAACAUAGAAUUUUUAGCCUCUCUAUGGGUACCAAUGGAUGUCAUUUUCAUCGCACGACCAAUCAGAAGCAGUUUACCCAGAUCUGGGUGGUUACACAUCAUUAGUAUGAAAUUGCUGUGGUUGUUCCUCAGGUGUCAUUUCAUGAGGAAACUAGUGGUGGUGUCCUGAUAAUAGAAAGAUUUAGAGUCACAUUUAUGGCAAACAGCAAACAUGAAUUUGUUCAUGUACCACAUGACCAAGUUUUCGCUUAACCUCUGCUUUACUGUUCAUUAUUGCUACCCCAAAAUUAGUAGCUUAACAUUAGUUUUGUUUAUGGCAAUUGUUUUCAGCAAUUUUCAGCUUGUCAUUUUCUGUUUUGUGGAAUUCUCAACAUUUUCCAUUUGCCGUAAACAUCACUCAAAUUUCUCUAAAUAUCAUUAAGGGCAAACACGACUCAUAAGCUUGUGAUGAUGUGAAACAUGACCUUGGAAGUUGUUUGAACAACAGGUUUUCCCUCUUUUCUUUCCCACUGCUGUGUUUGGACAUAAAAACCAAUUUUGACUGAGCUAAUCUUACUUUUGCCGCACUGAGUCUUACAUUAUUGAAGGUGAUUCAUGCCCUUGCUUGUGGGCGUAGGUGGCCAGAAGAGCCAGAACAAUGGACUGGUAACAGGUACACAUAAAGCACCUGAUAUGCAGGCUAGGGCAGCAUCAUUAGUAUCAGUAUCAUCAGUAGUAGCAGCAGCAGCAGCAGCAGUAGUACAUACCCAGUAGCAACAGCAGUAGCAGCACAGUAGGAGGAAGAACAGCCACAGUAGCAGAAGCAGCAGCAGUAGUAGUUUUUGUCGUUAUUUUGGUUUUGUCAUUUUUUAAAAGUUUUUAGGCAAGUGCAUGUUUGAGAGUGUUUGUUUUAGUAAUGCUGUUCUUGAUUUGAUUUGCAGUUGCAGGACAUAGCUAUAUCGCCAAAUAAUCCUGAUCCUAGUCUAAACACAGUAGAGUGUGUUACCACGGGUCAUGGGAAAGCUCCACCAUUUCCUGAUUGGAAGAAUCUGCUUCACGAAGUGUGCUGGUACAUUCUGUUCAUAAGUUUGUUAUUCAGUCAAGUUGCUUCGCAGUGGCUUAUAGUGCAGCUAAGGGAGUGGAAGAUUAAAACGGAUAGCAGCGAAGUUGAAGCAGAGAAAAGGAAAAAUGACAGCCAAGUUGCAGCUAUAAUGUUGUUAUCUAUAGUUGUUUUUAUUACCGGACUUUCCUCUAUCUUUUUUGCCUGGAGUCGUUCCACUUCUAAGCAAGAUUAUUACGUGUGGGCAUUCUUCAUAUCUGCGAUGCUUGUACUUGCGCGGAGGGCACUUUGGUGUUUCUUACGUAUCUAUAAAAGCGACAAUAUUGAUCUACACAAGUUGAGCUUAACUAAGGGCCAUGAGAGCGACCCAAGCGGAAAUGUUAUUUCGUUCUUCACACUUUACCCAGCAGUAUUCAUGGCUUGCCAUCAUUUGCUGUGGAUAUUGCUGGGCGUUAUAACAGAACCAUUUUGGGGUAUUUCAGUUUUAGUGGCUGUCAUUUCUGUUUCUGCUAUUCUCGUUUUCUUUUUUUAUGAUUUUUACGAAUAUUAUCUUUCCCAUGAAUGUAUUGACCGCGAGUGUGAAAGAUGUUCUGCACGUAGAGACUGGCGACGUGAGUACUGGUUUCCGUUUUUUAUGUCGCUAUUUCUUGUUCUAGGAAGUUGCGCUGCCUCUGUACUGUUAAUAAUUGUUCUGUUAGUAGUUGCACAGUCGUUCCUUAGUGAGAGCCUUGUUUCCACGUUAGUUCAAAAUGGUUUGGUGUUUUUCUCAACUUUGUGGCUUGGAUAUUUGAAGCUACAUCAAGCAAAGAAACCAGCAGAAACCAGGAACGAUGGUAAUGCAGGAAAUUCGAACCAGUCCGGUCGACCCAAUGGUUAUGAACUUGUAGAGAUUCAGGUGCAAUAG